UUGAACAGCCUCGACCUGGUUUCAGAAGUCAGAACAGCCUGGAGAGCCGCCGCUUAAUUCCCUUCUUUGCAACACCGGCUCAUUAAUCCACUGUCCAUUGCGCCGCAGUUUAACGACCUAUCUCCCUUAUGCGUAUCUAACCUAAAUUCAUGGCUUCCACUUCCACUUCCGCCAUUUGCCUCUAUUCUCACCCAAUGAUUUCACAUCGUGCCAGCCCCCGGAAUUUGCGGAGCCAGGUUUUGGGCAGCUCAUGGUGGGGCUAUUGUGCGCUUUUACCCACUAGCGUCUAUGUGAGUAGUAUUAGGCAUUAUAGAUUCAGGACAUCGGUCACAGUGGCUGCUUCCACGGCUGAUGGAGUUCCGAGGCGGCCGGUCAGUGGUCGGAGAGUUUUCAAGCAAUCUCAAGGCCAAGGGCCUUUAAGCCCUGUUCCCGUUAGGGAGAUUGCCUCGUUUGUUGUUCCGGCCAGUUUGUUUUUCGCCGUCACUUUCGUUUUAUGGAGAUUGGUGGAGAAGAUUCUGCUGCCAAAGUCAUCAAGGUCUUCAUCACUAGAAAAGAAAUCCUCCUCACCAGGAGUGAAAUGGUCCUUUGCCCCAGGUACAAAUUUGCUAGCAGGUCUCACUGCAAAGUUUGACAGAGAGUCCAAGCAGAAGCUCAAUGAAUUUGCCAAAGAAAUUAGGUCAUUUGGAAGUGUUGACAUGUCAGGACGAAAUUUUGGAGAUGAAGGACUCUUUUUUCUUGCUGAGAGCUUAGCCUACAAUCAGAAUGCGGAGGAAGUGAGUUUUGCUGCUAAUGGAAUAACUGCAGCUGGAUUGAAAGCCUUUGAUGGUGUUCUUCAAUCAAACAUUGUGUUAAAGACCCUUGAUCUUUCAGGGAACCCUAUUGGGGAUGAAGGAGCUAAGUGCCUAUGUGAUAUAUUGAUUGAUAAUGCUGGUAUUCAAAAGCUUCAACUAAACAGUGCUGACCUGGGGGAUGAGGGGGCAAAGGCUAUUGCAGAGAUGUUGAAGAAAAAUUCAAGCUUGCGUAUCGUUGAGCUUAACAACAAUAUGAUUGAUUAUUCUGGAUUUACAAGUCUUGGUGGAGCGCUUCUUGAGAAUAACACUAUAAGAAAUAUUCAUCUCAAUGGCAACUAUGGUGGUGCUCUGGGGGUUGCCGCUCUGGCGAAAGGGCUUGAAGCGAAUAAGUCUUUGAGGGAACUUCAUUUACAUGGAAAUUCUAUUGGAGAUGAAGGAGUCCGUGUUUUGAUGUCUGGAUUAUCUUCACAUAAAGGAAAACUUACACUUCUAGACAUUGGCAACAAUGAAAUUAGCUCCAGAGGUGCUUUUCACGUUGCUGAAUAUAUCAAGAAAGCCAAGAGUUUGCUAUGGUUGAAUCUUUACAUGAAUGACAUUGGAGAUGAGGGAGCGGAAAAAAUCGCAGAUGCUUUGAAGGAAAACCGCUCAAUAGCAACUAUAGACCUGGGGGGAAAUAACAUCCAUGCAAAGGGUGUGAGUAAAAUAGCUGGAGUAUUGAAAGACAAUACAGUCAUUACAACUUUGGAAUUAGGUUAUAAUCCCAUAGGGCCUGAAGGAGCAAAGGCUUUAUCUGAAGUUCUGAAGUUUCAUGGGAAGAUCAAAACCCUGAAGCUUGGUUGGUGUCAGAUUGGAGCAAAGGGUGCAGAGUUCAUUGCAGAUACUUUAAAGUAUAACACUACCAUUUCAACUCUGGACUUGCGGGCAAAUGGGCUUAGAGAUGAAGGUGCAGUCUGUCUAGCUCGCAGCAUGAAAGUUGUUAAUGAGGCUUUAGCUUCACUUGAUUUAGGGUUUAAUGAAAUAAGAGAUGAAGGGGCAUUUGCCAUUGCUCAAGCACUCAAGGCUAAUGAAGAUGUGGCAGUCACGUCUCUAAACCUUGCGAGCAACUUCCUCACAAAAUUUGGACAAAGUGCUCUGACAGAUGCAAGAGAUCAUGUAUAUGAAAUGAGUGAAAAGGAAGUCAACAUUUUUUUCUAGAUGACUUCACUCAAGAAGUAGAUAUUUUUGUGUUAAUAUAUUAGGACAAGACCAUACUUGGUUCAUCCUACUUGCGGCAAGGAUUGGUAAGAACUUCAUAUUCUUGGUUCAAAUUCCUGAGUUCAACCCACAUCCAUUGUUUAAAGAAAUGUUGGAAAUUUUGACGUUGAGGAAUUAUAGUUAGCUUCAUCACUUCCUUCGGCCUUUUAUUUUAUUUUUAAUUUUUUGUGCUUUUUCUGUUUUGUUUCAUGACCUAGAUAGAGAAUUUUAAAUUAGUACAGGCUUAAUUCUGUCAUAAUUUUGAUGAUAUAAUCAAGUGACAAUGGUCUUUACUAGUCAUGUUUGUGCAA